AUGGGUGUCUUUACCUCAGGCGCUGAUAUCUUCCUAGGUCUCUGGGGGAUGUACGUGUCUCCAAGAAGCCCUGGAUGGAUGGACUUUAUCCAACAUUUGGGAGUGUGCUCUUUUGUUGCUCUCAUUUCAGUGGGCCUCUUGUCUCUGGCCUUUUCCGGGUGUCUGUCCACAUUCAUAGCCUUUAGCUCCUCCUGGAUGGUCACUUGUGUUCUGCUUUGCUGCUCCAAGCAUGCACGAUGUUUCAUUCUCCUCUUCUUCCUUUCCUGUGGCCUGCGGGAGGGCAGGAAUGCUUUGAUUGCAGCUGGCACAGGGAUAGUAAUCUUAGGACACAUGGAAAAUAUUUUUCAUAACUUCAAAGGUCUCCUGGACAGUGUGACUUGCAACCUAAGGGCCAAGAGCUUUUCCAUACAUUUUCCACUUUUGAAAAAAUAUAUUGAAGCCAUUCAGUGGAUUUAUGGCCUUGCCACUCACCUAAGUCUAUUUGAUGACCUUAUUUCUUGGAACCAGACUCUGGCAGUCUCUCUUUUCAGUCCCAGCCAAGCCCUGGAGGCACAGCUAAAUGACACCAAAGGCCAAGUCCUGGGUGUCUUGUACCAGAUGGUGACGGCAACAGAGGUAUUGUCCUCCCUGGGACGGCAGCUCCUUGCCCUAGCAGGGCUUUUGCUGGUGCUACUUGGCACUGGCCUCUUCAUGAAGCGAUUUUUGGACCCUUGUGGUUGGAAGUUUGAAAAUAUCUUCAUCACUAAACAAUUUGUUCGGUUCGAUGAAAUGGAGAGGCAACUACAGAGGCCCUGUGUCCUCCCACUGAAUAAGAAGGAAAGGAAGAAACACGUUGUCAUCCCAUCUUUCUGGCCGUCUCCUAAAGAGAGGAAGAACCUGGGGCUGUUUUUCCUCCCCAUUCUUACCCACCUCUACAUCUGGGUGCUGUUUGCAGCCAUAGAUUAUCUUCUGUAUCAGCUCAUUUUCUCAGUGGGCAAACAUUUCCAAGGCUUGCCAGGGCUGGAGGUCCACCUGAAACUGCACAGAGAGGAGCAAGGAACUCAAGACAUCAUACAUGACUCUUCCUUUAACAUAUCUCUGUUUGAACCCACCUGCAUCCCCGAGCCAAAGCUCCUUCUGUCUAAGACCUGGGUUCCUCUCACCAUUAUUCUUGUGAUACUAGUGGUGCUGGGACUGCUGUCCUCCAUCCUGACGCAGCUUAAAAUCCUGGUGUCCGCGUCCUUCUACCCCACCGUGCAGACGGAGCGCGUCCGGCACCUGCAUGUGAAGCUCCUGAAGAAGAGAGCGAAGCAGGCACUGGGAGGAGGAAACAGUAAACAGAAUCUCUACUUUACAAAGGCAAGGCAAGCCAAGAUGGCGAUGUAAUCUGUAAUGAAGGAGACUUUGGGUUUGAAGGGCCAGUGGACUUGCAAAGCCCUCUUCAAUUUCAUGUUAGGGUUCACACCCCUAGCAAUAGAUAGGACACCAAGGGGAGAAAAUUAAUAGAUAUGUGUGGCUAAGGCUCUUCGCUUCGUGCUUUUGAGUGGGCCAGAUGGGUCUGCAAGAUAUUUCUCAAAACGCUGAUUUUUUUUUUAUUUUUUAAUUUUUUUAACGU